ACUGGGCACUGCAGAACAGCAGUGAAGGCAGAACCAGCUUCUGAGGGAACCUGCAAGCAGAAAACAGUGCUUGGGAAGACAGAGGAUAUGACAGGUUUCAUGGAUGACUUAACCCUCAGCUCACCCAAGAAGAGAGAGUCAUCUGUGAGAUCCAAGAGAAGUUGUGACAGGUCAUCCACAAGGUCAUCCAGCAGAUCCUCGUGCAGCUCACGCUCCAGUUCCAGCACUUCCUCUUCGGCUUCCUCCAGGAGCUGGAGCCGCUCCAGGUCCAGGUCAAGGUCAUGGGCUAAGAGAAAUGGUUCCCGAAGGUACAGGAGGUACUCCAGAUCCUACUCCAGGAGCAGAUCCAGGUCCCGUGGCUACAGGAGGUACCGGGGCAGGUACUACUCCAGGCACUACAGGAGGUACCACCGCUCGCCCCCGCGGUACCGAUCCCGCAGCAGGUCCUGGUCCCGUGGCAGAUCCUACUACAGAAGGUCCUACUCGAGGAGCAGAUCACGUUCCAGAGGCCGAAGAUACUAUGGAUUUGGGAGAACCAUCUAUCCUGAGGCUUACAGGAGCUGGAGAAGCAGGUCACGGACAAGAUCUCGGAGCAGGUCACCUCUGCAUCUGAGUGAGAAAGACAAGAGGGAACUGCUGGAAAUUGCAAAAGCCAAUGCUGCCAAAGCUCUGGGAACAGACAACAUUGUCCUGCCAGCGAGCUUGAAGAUUGCUGCUCCUGCCAAAGACAUAAAAAGUGAAAAACAGGAGCGUGAAGAGCCUGGAGAGUCAGCUGAGCAACCUGGAAGUGCAGCAGAAGACAUGACCAAGAGUGGAAUGGAGAGAACAACCAUACAGAGGAGCAUUUCCUUCAGUCCUAACAACACAAUGGCAAAGCCAGCCCUGCAGAAGCCAGUGAGUCAUGUUGUUAAGGAACCAGUAGUUUCUCCAGCAAGAGAAGAUGACAGGAAGGGAAGUCCCUAUGGGCAGUGGGUUCCUGUCAAGAAGGUGGAGAAGAAAACAUUCCUGAAUUUCUCACCCAAGAGCUCACUGUUCCGGGCACGCUAGUAGGAUCCUUUCAGUAGAGAGAUGGGAAACUUUCUGUUGAGGUUGAAGAUUAUUUGUUAAUACUGAGUAUUUAUUUUGAGAUGUUAAUUUUUGGAAUCUUAGGUUUCUCUUUCAGACAGAGAGCACACAGAUCCAGAAGCCACAGGUGGGAAAUCUUAUGUACAGUUGUAAAUAUUUUGUAUUGCUUUAUUGGACUAGAACUUGCAGGUGGGUAACUUUUUCUAAACAAUAGCUGAGUAGCUGUUCUUUGGACACUUGGAUUUACAUUGUGUAACUGUUUACUUCAAGUGAAUAAACUUUAGUUUUGCACUGG